GGGUGAAGAAUUAUGCUCGGAAUCGUCAGACUAGAGACUUGCCUCGGUUGCUGCUUGCUGCUCGUCGCGUUGAUCAACAUGCUGCAUCCAAGUUGCUGCGCUCGGAUCCUGGAAAGCAGAGGUAAAGCAAUCACUGGUUUUAAGACAAAAAGAGAACAAAAGACGGACGAAAUUCCCUGUGCAGAUUCUCCACCAAAGGGCGAAGGUUCUCUCCCAAAGGUGGCUCGGUUUUCCACGAGCACGAGUGCGAGAACACCAUCACCACCAUCUCAUGACGAGGUUGUAGCACUAGACUCCAACGACCGGCAGCUAGAACAAUUCAAGGCCAAGAUGCCGCGAGGAGCAUCAAGUUCAAUCCACCUGGAUCAACAAAAACAUCACCACCAUCACCAUCACCCUCAUAAAAAUCAUAAAGCUCUCAAUGCAUAUGCCGCACCUCCGGUCGCUCCUCCUAUUCAUGAAGUAGACGCCAAAGCAAGUACUAGCGGACGUCAGGAGGAUCAUGGUGGCGACAACGAUGACGACUCCGUCGGUAGCGAGGAGAUGACUUUUCAUGCCGACUACGCGAAGGUUAGAACUCAUCCACCGCACAGCCAUUAGCUGCGAAGAAAAACAGGAUGAGCUUAUAGAGGCAAAGAAGAAAAGAAAGCGAAAAGGAGAGCUUACUCUAUCAUAUAGACUUCCAGUCGCUUGUACAGGAGCCACAGAGGUUCGGAUCGUUUUUAUGGAGCUAGCAUCAUGCCAGCAGCCAGCGAAGAAGAAUUCUUGGAUGGAUUCGAAUUCAGUACACCACAGUCAAGCAGCAGCAGCAGCCAGCAACAUCAGGAGAAAUUUUCGCUUCCUGAAGAACAAAAAAGAUAGGACAAAAUCAGAAGAGAAAACAAAAGAAGAAAAGAAACAGAGAAGAUUAGUUCUUUGCAAGAUUAUUCUUGUCCAUGAGAAAGAAGCAGGUAGGCAAGGAAAUCAAGUGAUCCAACAGGCCAAGUGGGACACUAGAGACGACAAUUAAUUUGCGAUGGAGACAGCCGAUCGGCUUGGAUUGCAAAUCUUGUCCAUACGUUGUCAAAAGUGAAAGAGCACACACACAGAGAAAAAGUUUCGAGUUUGGCAGAAAAGGAAGAGAGAAAAAUGUGCGUGUUUUCUCGAUCGAGAAAGAAAGAGGAGCAAUCAAGCAUCAAUCUAAGCUGAAAGAAAGAAUGGAGAACCAAUUCGGUUCGAGCAA